AGCCCCCGUGCGGAGCGGCGCGGAGGCGGUGGCGGCAGUCCUGUGACUCAUGCCUGCGUCGAAGCAGAUCAACCGGCGAUUCACGCUUUUAAAAAAGCAAAUCCGAGCACUUCUGGAAAAAAAGGUCAUCUCGCAUUAAAUUCCGCGGCGCGAUUGGUAUUCCGACGUCGUUUCUGGCAGAGUUUAUAAGCGGCGAGUCGCUCCCAGGCUAGAGUCGCCCUGCCAACCUGGACUACGCCAAUAAGAGUGUCCGCUCGCCCCAUCGCAAAUUCCUUGCUGCCCACCCGUCAGACGAAUAUCGAAGAAAUACGAGCUCCGAGGACUGAGUCUUUUGUGAAGGGAUGGCUUCCUCCGCUCCCUCGUCCUCCAACGAUGCUCCGGACCCCACCCCACCUAAUCUGCGACCCACAACUUACGACUCGUGGUGCGGCGUGGCUCACGGGUGCACCAAGAAGAUCGGGCUGAAGAUUUGCGGGUUCCUGCAAAGGACCAACAGCCUGGAAGACAAGAGCCGGAUCGUCAGCUCUCUGAAGGAAAGGCAGUCCUCCAAGAGCGUGCUGGCAUGCGAGAACAGUGAGAAAGAAUCCAGGUUCCGGCGCACCGAGACAGACUUUUCCAAUCUGUAUGCCAGAGAUUUGUUGCCCUCCAAGAAUGGUGAGGAGCAGACCAUGCAGUUCCUGCUGGAGGUUGUGGACAUCCUCCUCAACUACGUGAGGAAGACUUUUGACAGAUCCACCAAAGUGCUGGACUUCCACCACCCGCACCAGCUCCUGGAGGGCAUGGAGGGCUUCAACCUGGAGCUUUCGGACAACCCUGAGUCCCUGGAGCAGAUUCUGGUGGAUUGUCGGGACACACUGAAAUACGGAGUGAGGACAGGUCAUCCUCGCUUUUUCAACCAGCUGUCCACAGGACUGGACAUUAUUGGCUUGGCUGGGGAGUGGCUGACAUCUACUGCCAAUACAAACAUGUUUACCUAUGAAAUUGCCCCUGUUUUUGUCCUCAUGGAACAAAUAACACUUCGAAAGAUGAGGGAGAUUAUUGGAUGGUCAAAUAAAGAUGGUGAUGGAAUAUUCUCACCUGGAGGAGCAAUCUCCAACAUGUACAGCAUAAUGGCUGCACGCUACAAGUACUUCCCUGAAGUUAAAACCAAAGGCAUGGCUGCAGUCCCUAAACUGGUUCUCUUUACCUCAGAACAUAGUCACUAUUCAAUAAAGAAAGCUGGAGCUGCACUUGGAUUUGGAACAGACAAUGUUGUUUUGAUAAAAUGCAAUGAAAGAGGCAAAAUAAUACCAGCUGAUUUGGAGGCAAAAAUUCUGGAAGCAAAAGAAAAGGGUUAUGUUCCUCUUUUUGUAAACGCAACUGCAGGCACAACAGUAUAUGGAGCCUUUGAUCCAAUACAGGAGAUUGCAGAUAUAUGUGAAAAAUACAACCUCUGGCUCCAUGUAGAUGCUGCCUGGGGAGGUGGGCUCUUAAUGUCCCGAAAGCACCGUCAUAAACUGAAUGGAAUAGAAAGAGCCAACUCAGUCACUUGGAAUCCACACAAGAUGAUGGGUGUGCUGUUACAAUGUUCUGCCAUUCUUGUCCGGGAGAAGGGUAUCCUUCAAGGCUGCAAUCAAAUGUGUGCAGGCUAUCUCUUCCAGCCAGACAAACAGUAUGAUGUCUCCUAUGACACUGGAGAUAAGGCAAUACAGUGUGGUCGACAUGUGGACAUUUUCAAAUUCUGGUUGAUGUGGAAAGCAAAGGGUACAGUAGGAUUUGAAAAUCAGAUCAAUAAAUGCCUGGAGCUGGCAGAGUAUCUCUACACUAAAAUCAAAAACAGAGAAGAAUUUGAGAUGGUUUUUGAAGGGGAGCCAGAGCAUACAAAUGUAUGUUUUUGGUAUAUUCCUCCAAGUCUCAGGGGCAUGCCAGACUCUGAUGAGAGAAGAGAAAAGUUACACAGGGUGGCACCGAAAAUCAAGGCAUUGAUGAUGGAAUCAGGUACCACCAUGGUUGGAUAUCAGCCUCAGGGUGAUAAAGUCAACUUCUUCCGAAUGGUCAUCUCAAACCCAGCUGCAACUAAGUCUGACAUUGACUUCCUCAUUGAGGAAAUUGAGAGAUUGGGGCAGGACCUGUAGUGGUUGAAUUAUUUAUUUCUCUAAUUCAUUGUUUUCCAGCACUGGCUAUAUUUAUAACCCAGUUCUGCAGAACAUGUUUUAAGGAAAUGCUCUUUCUGUAAGUUCCAGUCUCCUAAGACAUCCUUAAACAAAACAACUAUAGGCUUCUGAAAUAUAUAAGUAUUGGUAGAUCAUAUUAUUGAGGGAAAAUGUAUUAUCUUGAAGUUGAAGUACUAUUGACUCUUACAUUAGUCUUGUUUAUUAUAGACAGCAGAAAAUUAAUAAGU